AGCCUGCUUGGGAGACAAAGACACUAGAGAAACAACCCGUGAAGCUAUCUUCCUGGAAAAGAGGUGUCUGUGGAAUCGAUACGCCCGACUCUUCAUCCACCAUGUCACAGCCGGCCGAGGUGAAGAGGAAGAAGCGUCCCCCGAUGAAGGUGGAGGACCUGAAGGGAGCCCGCGGUAAACUGGGACUGAAGGGCGAGGUCAAGAGUAAGACCUAUGAGGUCAUGGCAGAGUGCGAACGUAUGGGCAAAGUGGCUCCGUCCGUGUUCAGCGGCGUGAGGUCGGGGACGGAGACGGCUCUCGGCGCGCCGGCCGAAGCCAAAGCUCCCGGAGCCAGCGCGUUCAGCAAGUAGCCUCAGCGGCUCCGAGUCCAUGGCGAUGAUGCAAUUUGUGGUUUUUCCAGUGUCUUUUUUGUGUGUGUGUGGUGAUGAUUAAAGAGAGAUGCAUUGUGUACUUGUAUGCCAGUGUGUUGUGUUGAUAGCAGUUAUUUUGUUAUGUGCCUGGAGUGAAUACAGGAUGUAAUGGAUUGGAUUGUAAAUGAGAUGUGAGAUUUGUUAUCAGUGUUGCGAAAGAAUGUUUAUUUGUCUUCUUCUCUUUCUUUUUUUUACUGACCAUUUUUCCUAAAUAAAGGAUUGCCCCCUGUA